UGGUAGGAAGUGCCACGGCUCGCUACGUUGAGUUUUCUAUGUAGUCUGGAAUUGCACUUCGCAGCUUAGGAAGACGUUUACUGAACUUUUACCUUUUUUAACGCAAGCGCGAAAAGGAUUAUUACAUGAAGUUAUAGAAUUUGAAGUGAAAUUUUAUCUUGUAAUGUACAUCUGAACGUUGUCUUAUUUUGUGUUAAAUAAAAUGAAAAAAAAUGUUUAAUAAUAGUUAUAAGACGAAGCAUUACUCGUUGAAAAGUUUCCUACUGGUGUUACAGUUCUUGUGUAUUACAUCAUAUUAAUUUUUGGUUCAUAGAUGUAAUCAUGCGAUACAAAACCACACCAAUUAGAGUUCCUUUGAAGUUACGUGAGACAACUAUGAAUAAAAAACUUGCAAAUGAUUAACAGUGAAGCCAACAUGGUAUUUCCAAAUGAAAACUCAUCAAUGAGUCACCGGUAUUUAGAUUCAAGUUCUGAAAAGCAAGUGCAUGCCAGAAGAUGAAAGACGUCAAUGGAUUGCCUGAGGAGAACUAUCCGGAAGAGGACGAGGACGGAGAGCAAUUGUUGGCCCUCGAGGAAGAGCUGACAUCGAACUACGAUCCUUCGGCAGUGGUUGCUAAUUACUCGGAGAGCUAUGCUACCUUCGUCGGGUGUCUUGUCGGGGAGGCCGAUCGGUUGAAUUACAGUAUCAACAAUGAGUUUUGGCUCCAUUUCCUGCAGUAUGACACACAGACGCCCACCGCAAACAACGUGACAGAUUCCCAUUCUAGCGCGGGUCAUUCCUCGUGGAGCAAUGACUCUAAUAUCUUCACCUUCUGGACGUCUCAGGGGUCCCCCGAAACGCACGUUUCCUAUGAGAUUAUUCGUGACAUCGUCCAUCAAUGCUUCGCGUUAUCCACUGUGCUCAAUACGCCACGCCCUUACCUUCUGGACUGGUGGCAGCAAUUGCUAUGGACCCUCGUCUUUGGCAUCAUGAUGGCUAUGGCAGUAGGGGGUAAUAUCCUCGUCAUGUGGAUUAUAUAUGCGCACCGAAGAAUGCAGACAGUGACCAAUUACUUCUUGAUGAAUCUGAGCGCCGCCGAUCUCUUCAUGUCCGUACUGAACUGUAUGUUCAACUUUAUAUACAUGUUACACAGUGACUGGCCUUUCGGAGCGGUGUACUGCACGAUCAGCAAUUUCAUGGCGAACGUAACAAUCUCAGCCAGUGUCCUUACGCUUAUGGCGAUAUCGUUCGAUAGGUACAUAGCGAUAGUGAAGCCUUUGGAACCAAGAAUGUCGAAGACGACGGCGAGAAUCUUCAUUCUUAUCAUAUGGAGUUCAUCAAUGUUGCUUGCACUGCCUUGCAUCCUAUACUCCGACACAGUCUCCGUCAGGUAUAAAAACAACGAAAUUCGCAGAGGUUGCAUACUUCGUUGGCCCGAUGGAGAAACUAGUAUUUCAAAGCACGAACACAUUUACAAUAUCGUUUUCUUCAUCACGACUUACCUAUUGCCGAUGCUGGUGAUGGUGGCGUGCUACUUCCUGAUAGGGCGCGAGCUCUGGGGAAGCAGAACGAUUGGAGAAAUGUCCGAGAGACAGAUCAACAGCAUCAGAUCCAAGCGUCGUGUGGUGAAGAUGUUCAUCGUGAUCGUGGCGGCCUUUGGGUUGUGCUGGCUGCCACAACAGGCCUUCUUCCUCUACACGUAUCACAACGCCCAGAUUUUGGAUACAGCUCACAUUCAGCAUAUCUACCUCGCCUUCUACUGGUUGGCCAUGGCCAAUGCCAUGAUUAAUCCAGUUAUCUAUUACUGGAUGAAUGCCAGAUUUAGAUCGUACUUUCGUGAAUUUGUCCUGCAUUGUGUUUGUCUGCGGUGGCCAAGACGCAACUUGAGCUAUGAAGGCUCUCCCGAAAUGGAUCGUCGAUACCCGCCCAGAGACGAGCAUUCCUCCAGAUCUAGAUCAGACACACGGCAAGGUCUAAAUGGGACUAUGAGAACGACCCCUAAUUCCAAUAACCAUCUCCUUGUAUAUUCAUCGAGAGAGAGACUUAACGCAAGGAACGGUUGGCGUCGCAACGCUGCUCAGUGCGAGCGAUGCCGUCCAGGAAUGCGACCAGCCAUUCUGAACGAUCUCUUGGAGCACAAUGCCGACAGCCAGAUUCAGAUGGUUCCCCUUACAAACAACAGGGACAUGUAUGUCGACGUCUACUCAUACAGACCUGAAGCCUGCUGCCAUCACCAAGUCUGAAGGUGACUAUAUCUUUGUACAACUUUAUUCUUAAAUGUGAUCUGUAAAAAGCAGACAAUCGACAAAUAAACUCAGAAGUGAA